AUGGAUGGAAAGAACACUACUAGAGAAACAUCAAGUAAUCAAUCUAAUUACAAUGUAAACAAAACUGUUUAUCUUAAUAACUUAAAUGAUCGUGUGUCUAUUCACAAGCAAAAAAUAGCUCUUGAACAAAUUUUUGCAAAGUAUGGCAAGAUUGAAUCAAUAAAAAUCUUUAACUCAUAUUUCAGGAAGGGCCAAGCAUGGGUAACAUUCCUUAAUAUUGAAUCUGCCGUAAGUGCUGUGAAAAACGAGAAUGGAACGCAACUAUUUGGGAAACAUGUUAAUGUUUCAUUUGCUGUUAAGGAAUCAGAAUAUAGAAACAUUACAAUUUGCAGUUGCAAUUCGACCCCACCGAUGAUACCGAAGUCCAUAUCUACUCGUAUUGAACUAUACAGGCAAUAUCUAACUCAGUGGUUAAAGAAUGCAGAAAACAACGGUUUUCUCCAGCCUCUAGACAAACCUGAAAAAAACAAAAUUAAAAUACUUAGUAGUCAAAUUUUAUAUGAUACUAACUAUGCAAAUUUGAUACGUUCAAAUAAAUACAAACAAAUUAGCGCACAGUUUUUCUUAAAUAAUGAACCUGCAGUUAACUCUCUCAAAAGAAAGCCAGAAAUACAUGUUGAAGAUGCUCCCUCAUUUAGAUACAACAAGUUUUCAAGUAGUACAGUUCCACAAGAGAUAAGCAACACAGUAUUCGUACAGAUCGAAAUGGGAUUAUGUAAAGAAGAAGAUUUAUAUAUUUUAUUUAGUCACAUAAACGGAUUCAGAGAACUUCGUUUUAUACCAGUAAGUUUCAAAAGUUACUUAACAGUUUAA